AUGAUCCGGCCCAACACCCUGGACAGGUGCCGAGGGAAACUGCUGGUGCACAGCCUGAACCUAUUGGCAAAGCAAGGACUGCGCCUUCUACGGGGCCUGAGACAGAGCAACGUGCAAGAGAAGGUGGCACUGGCCAAGAAGCUGCUGGCAAAACUGCACUUCCUGGCCCAAGAGCCCCAGCCACCCCUCCCAGACGUGCUGGUCUGGAUGCUCAGUGGGCGGCGCCGGGUGGCCUGGGCCCGGAUUCCAGCCCAGGAUGUGCUUUGCUCCGCGGUUGAGGAGGAACGAGGCCAGCACUGUGGGAAGAUCCAGAGUUUGCUGCUCACCGCACCUGGGGCAGCUCCUGGUGAGGUCUGUGCCAAGCUGGAGCUCUUCCUGUGGCUGGGGCUGGGCAAGCAAGCCAAGGCCUGCACCUCAGAGCUCCCCGAGGAGCUGCUGCCUGAGCCCCCCGCCGGGCUGCCCCGCAGCCUGCUCCGGGAUGACUUCAGCUACUUCCAGCUCCGGGCUCACUUGUACCAGGCCCGAGGUGUGCUGGCAGCAGAUGACAGUGGGCUCUCGGACCCCUUUGCUCGAGUCCUCAUUUCUACCCAGUGCCAGACCACACGGGUCCUGGAGCAGACGCUGAGCCCCCUGUGGGACGAGCUCCUGGUGUUCGAUCAGCUGAUUGUGGACGGGAGGAGGGAGCACCUACAUCAGGAGCCGCCGUUAGUGAUCAUCAAUGUCUUCGACCACAACAAGUUUGGCCCCGCCGUGUUCCUGGGCAGGGCGCUGGCUGCCCCGAGGGUGAAGCUGCUGGAGGACCCUUACCAGCGCCCUGAGCUACAGUUCUUCCCCCUGAGGAAGGGGCCCCGGGCAGCUGGAGAGCUCAUCGCCACCUUUGAACUCAUUGAACUGGACUACAGUGGCCGGCUUGAGCCCUCAGUGCCCAGUGAUGUGGAGCCCCAGGACCUGACACCCCUGGUGGAGCCCCUCUCCAAACGCCUAUCCCUGCCGCCCAACGUGCGCCCGGUGCUCAGGGAGUUCCAUGUGGAGGUGCUGUUCUGGGGUCUGAGGGGCCUCGGCCGUGUGCAUCUGUUUGAGGUGGAGCGGCCCCAGGUUGUGCUGGAGGUGGCUGGGCGGCGUGUGGAGUCUGAGGUCCUGGCCAGCUACCGUGAGAGCCCCAAUUUCACCGAGCUCGUCAGGCAUCUGACAGUGGACUUGCCAGAGCAGCCUUACCUGCAGCCCCCGCUCAGCAUCCUAGUAAUUGAACGCAGGGCCUUUGGCCGCACAGUGCUCGUGGGUUCCCACAUUGUCCCCCACAUGAUGCGAUUUACACUCAGGGGUCAGGAGGAUACCCCCGAGGAGGAAGGAGAAGAGGAGACAGGGGACUUGGUGCCCAAGGAGCUUGAAGGAAGGAAGUCCCUGGAUCCCUCAUUGGUUGAAGCAGGGAUGUCCGGACGGCUCCUGAAGGCUCCUCAGAAGAAGCUCCCCAUGAAAGGCCUCCUGGACCAAGGCCCAGAGCUGGAGGAGGACGUCCCAGAUCCUGAAGAGCUCGACUGGUGGUCCAAAUACUACGCAUCGCUGCAGGAGCUCCAGGGGCAGCCCGACUUUGAUGAGGAUGAAAUGGAUGAUCAUGGGGAUUUAGAUGGGGCCAACCUCACUUCCGCAGAGGGGGAAGCCCAAGACCAGGGCAAGGCUGAAGUCAAAGGCUCCAUGUCCCUGAAAAAAGCAAUCGCCACUCUGAAGAUCUACAACAGCUCCCUGGAGGAAGAGUUUAACCACUUUGAAGACUGGCUGAAUGUGUUUCCCCUGUAUCGAGGGCAAGGUGGUCAGGAUGCAGAUGGAGAGGAAGAAGGAUCUGGGCACCUGGUGGGCAAGUUUAAGGGCUCCUUCCUUAUUUACCCUGAAUCAGAGGCAGUGUCAUUCUCUGAGCCCCAAAUCUCCCGGGGGAUCCCACAAAACCGGCCCAUCAAGCUCUUGGUCAGAGUGUAUGUGGUAAAGGCUACCAACCUGUCUCCCGCGGACCCCAACGGCAAAGCGGACCCCUACGUGGUGGUGAGCGCUGGCCGGGAGCGGCAGGACACCAAGGAGCGCUACAUCCCCAAGCAGCUGAACCCCAUCUUUGGAGAGGUCUUGGAGCUCAGCGUCUCUCUGCCUGCUGAGCCAGAGCUGACCGUGGCUGUGUUUGAUCACGACCUGGUGGGUUCUGACGACCUCAUCGGGGAGACCCACAUCGACCUGGAAAACCGAUUCUACAGCCACCACAGGGCGAACUGUGGGCUCGCCUCCCAGUAUGAUACGGAGGGGUACAAUGCCUGGCGCGAUGCAUUCCGGCCUCCUCAGAUCCUGGCGGGGCUGUGCCAACGCUGUGGCCUGCCUGCCCCCGAAUACCGAGCAGGAGCUGUCAAGGUGGGCAGCAAGGUCUUUCUGACACCGCCUGAGACCCCGCUCCCAGGUAGUGGGGGCCCCAAGGUGGCAAGUGAGGUCUCCGAGGAGGCCCAGGCUUUGCUUGUGCUGCGGCGCUGGCACGAGAUGCCAGGUCUUGGGAUUCGGCUGGUGCCUGAGCACGUAGAAACGCGGCCCCUCUACCAUCCCCGCAGCCCGGGGCUGCUGCAGGGAUCUCUUCACAUGUGGAUUGACAUCUUCCCCCGAGAUGUGCCUGCACCACCCCCAGUUGACAUCAAGCCUCGGCAGCCAAUCAGUUACGAGCUCAGAGUCAUCAUCUGGAACACGGAGGAUGUGGUUCUGGACGAUGUGAACCCGCUCACUGGAGAGAUGUCGAGCGACAUCUAUGUGAAAAGCUGGGUGAAGGGGCUGGAGCACGACAGGCAGGAGACAGACGUGCACUUCAACUCCCUGACUGGGGAGGGGAACUUCAACUGGCGCUUCGUGUUCCGCUUUGACUACCUGCCCACGGAGCGGGAGGUGAGCAUCCGGCGCCGGCCCGGACCCUUCGCGCUGGAGGAGGCUGAGUUCCGGCAGCCGGCAGUGCUGGUCCUGCAGGUCUGGGACUAUGACCGCAUCUCUGCCAACGACUUCCUCGGGUCCCUGGAGCUGCAGCUGCCGGACAUGGUGCGGGGCGCCCGGGGCCCGGAGCUCUGCUCUGUGCGGCUGGCCCGUGACGGGGCUGGGCCCAGGUGCAGUCUGUUCCGCUGCCGCCGCUUGCGGGGCUGGUGGCCUGUGGUGAAGCUGCGGGAGCCAGAGGACGAGGAGCGGGAGCAGCGGGAGGCUAAGAAGAGGCGGCGGCGGCGGAGGAGGAAGGGCCGGCCAGAAGACUUGGAGUUCUCAGACUCAGGAGGCAACACCUACAUCCUCACGGGGAAGGUGGAGGCAGAGUUUGAGCUGCUGACUGUGGAAGAGGCUGAGAAAAGGCCAGUGGGGAAGGGGCGGAAGGAGCCGGAGCCCUUGGAGAAGCCCAAUCGCCCCAAAACCUCCUUCAACUGGUUUGUGAACCCGCUGAAGACCUUCGUCUUCUUCAUCUGGCGCCGGUACUGGCGCAUCCUGGUGCUGCUGCUGCUGCUGGCGCUGAUCAUCAUCUUCCUCCUCCUCGUCUUCUACACCAUGCCCGGUCAGAUCAGCCAGGUCAUCUUCCGCCCCCUGCACCAGGCCCCUGGCCCUAACUGACCUUGGACUCUGAUCCCCUGGCGCCCACCCAUCUCCCGCUCCUGGGAGUCCUUCCUGCCAAUAUGAGCUACUUGAGUCCACUGCUUGGUUUGAAUAAACCUUCACCCGCAUCCACCA